GAUAGUUAAUCGUCGAUGAUCAAACAGUCGAGUCCACUAGUCUGCACCGUUAAAACAAAUUCCUCUGACUAUUUCACACGAUCAAUACUACACAUUCAGAAUCUAUUCUUAUUGUUCUUUUGUUUUUAAAUAAUAUCAGAGAUGACGCCUCUACCUCGGUGGGUGUUGCUGUCGUUGUUGUUGGCCACGGUCGCCGCGCAUCCGGUUCACCACGCAUGCGUCCACCUCUGCCAUGCACGGAACACCACCAGCCCCGAAAUCACGGGAGUCUGCGACCACCAUCGGGACCACCUCGUCCUUCAGUCCGGUGCAGCCCGGUCCCCGAAUCUCUUCGUCCUCUGCUUGACCCCGUGUCAUGGUGCCGCCUCGCCGGAUACCCUCCGCUACGACGACACCCCCGUCUGUCGUGAGUUCAGGGAGUCGCUCGUCAAGCGUCACGGUUGCUCCUGUCGCCACGUAGAUCGUGAUGAGAGGGCGAGAAAUUUCGAUGAGAAGGAGGUGGAGGAGAAGGAGAAGGAGGAUCGUCGUCGAUGGGCCGAGGAAUUGGAGAAGUAUCGGUUGAACGAGAUCGAUGGGAUCGACGAACGUUGGUCCGUGGCUGUUCUCCUUUCUGUCGGGGAUCAGCGUGGAAUCGAGGAGAGCCUUUCUGGGAGGAGCGUGGAAAUGGAGAUCGACACGUCGAGCAUGGAGAAGAACGCUACCGCCGGUAAUUUGAGCCCUAACGAUGGCUCGCCUAUGGACGAGGAUUCCAUGGAUUGGGAUCUAUGGUGUGUCAGCCAGUGCGACAACGGUAAGGGUGGCAGCGCCUGUCAUUGCGACAUUAUACCUUGAAGUGAAGGAGGGACGUGAUGGGGACGGAUGAAGAGGAGAUGGACGAAUUUACAUAUCUCGUAGAUUAGUCGGGACGAUUGGUACCGAUAAUAGGACGUAAGGUUAGUUGUUUAGUUGAUAAAAACGCGUAUUGUUUCGCUCGUAUCUUUUUUCUUUUCUUUUCUUUUCUUAAUCUACGCGUUGGCCGAUAAUCCUCGUCGAGAGGAGGGGCGUAUUUCAAUCGUGUGAGAUAUUUGCCCAUAUCGCAAGGUAUGGGAUAUAAGAGAUGAUAAGAUAUAUACGGGAAAUUCGCUCCCCUUUUAUUCGAAGAUGCUCUCUUGAUCGAUCAUGAUUGAUCACGAGAUCAGUGGAAUUUUUUUUUUCUUUUUUCGAAACGAUUAUCGGUCGUGGCUUAAUUGCUUUCUUAGGCUUAAGAUUUCUCUAGACGCUAGGUCCGGUUCACGCGCUUAAUGGGGGGGAGCUUAACGUCCAAGGAAAAAGCUUUUUAUCACACUGCAAUAGAGGGGUUUUUCUUUGAGACAAAGAGGUGUUUCAUUGUAAUGGACUAUCGACCGCCUCCACGAUAAGAGAAAGAACACUUCCUUUGCAUCUACAGUCUAGGAAACUUUGAAGGCGAUACACAAUUACGAGCAUUGUUCCGACUCGAGGCGUGUGAACGGGACGCUAAAGUGCGAUGUGUGUAUUAUGCAAUAAAACGAUAUUUAUAACGUGGCCGCGAUGCAACUAACGCGUGCAUCGUCGCGUCAUCAUCGCGUAAUAGCUCUGUAGGAUUUCUUCUUAUCGUAAAUGAAUAAUCUUUUACACGACACCUGUAAUUUAAAUAAGGGAAUUAGAAUAAAAGAAGAUGUUUUAAGAUAUUUGUUAAGCGAAACGAAACAAAAUCCAUGUCUUCCAUUUCGUAGUCUCUUUGUUACUCCGCAUGUGGCUACAUCGAGGACUCGAUAAGAUCCGACAGACCACGGUCCAGAAUGCAGAUGCAAGCAUGCGAGUAUCAAUUGUUGUUUAAGCGAUUAUUAUUUUUUUUUUUUUCGACGCAACCACGUUUCGAGUCGAGGGAGGAAAUCGAUUAUUGGUCGAUGGCUGAAAAAUGAUCUUCCUUCGCGUUUCUUCGAGAGUAAAAAACGUGCGUUCGUUUAUUUAUAUAGUGUGCCAUUUCAAAAAAAGUUGUGACGCGACAAUAAGACGUAGAUUUCUAGUAUGCCUGAGCGAUGCAAACUUUGUCUCUUGCGCACUUUCGACGCAAUAUCCCGUCUGUCGUG